AUGGCCGAGAAAGUCAACGCCAACGUCGGCACUGCCUCGCCUUCCCUGGAGGACCGGCCAAGCAGCCAAGCACCACGGCCGGAUGAUGGCCCCAGCGGCCGCAUUCCUUGGUCCCGUCGUCUGAACCCGCUGAAGAGCAGCACGAUCCCGCCCGUACCAGAUGAACGGCAACCAUCUGGUGAACACACGGCCAACUUCUUGAGCAAGCUCGUGUUCCACUGGGUCACUCCUCUUAUGCGUGUCGGGUACCAGCGACCACUGGAACCAAACGACAUUUGGCUCGUGAAUCCAGAACGAAGCUUGAACGUUCUCGAACAAAGGUUCAAUGUCGAAUUCCAGAAGCGCGUCGCCGCUGGGAGCAAAAGGCCGCUACUGGUUGCCCUCGUGAGGACUUUCAAGAAGGAGUUCCUGCUCGGUGCAUUCUGCCAGUUGAUGAGCACAAUUGCACAGACCAUAUCGCCUUUUCUCCUGAGAUUCCUUAUCUCGUUCGCCACAGAAGCUUUCAAUGCCAAGGAAACCGGUGGCCGUGGGCCAAACAUCGGCUAUGGCGUUGGUCUUGUCGUUAUCAUCACUGCCCUGCAGGUCAUGAUGACCUUCUCCAUCAACCACUUCAUUUACUGGGGCAUGACGGUGGGCGGUGAGGCUCGCGCGGUGCUGAUGUCACUGAUAUUUGCGAAAUCACUCAGGAUCUCCGGUCGGGCAAAGGCCGGAGGCUACAUCCUGCCACCGCCGAGCAGCGUGAAGCCAGGAAGUGACGAUGAAAAGAAGUGGUACCAGAAGAGCCUCCCGAAAGGGAAAGGUGCCAAGGACAAAAAGGAGAAACCAUUGUCGACAAUCGGCAAUGAUACGGACGGAUGGAGCAACGGCAGAAUUGUCAACCUGAUGUCAACCGAUACAUAUCGUAUCGACCAGGCGUCUGGCAUGAUCCACAUGCUCUGGGGAUCUCCCCUGUCCAUUACCAUUACUAUGGUUCUUCUUCUUAUUAAUCUGAAUUACAGCGCCCUGCCGGGAUUGGGCUUGCUGUUUCUUUGCACACCCGCCUUGACGGCGGCCAUUCGGGCACUCUUCAAGAGGCGCUUCGCCAUCAACAAGAUCACUGAUCAGCGGGUCAGCCUGACUUCCGAGAUCUUGCAAUCCAUUCGGUUCGUCAAAUUCUUUGGGUGGGAGACCAGCUUCUUGGAGCGCGUCCAGGCCAUACGGAAACGUGAGAUCCGGUCGAUUCAGAUCCUGCUCGCCAUCCGUGAUGCCAUCCAGGCGUUGGCCAUGGCCAUCCCCGUUUUUGCAUCCAUGCUUUCAUUCAUCACAUAUGCCUUGACUAGUCACAGCUUGAGCCCGGCACCCAUUUUCUCCUCCCUUGCUUUGUUCAAUGGUCUCCGGAUGCCACUCAACAUGUUCCCCAUGGUCGUUGGCAAUACCAUUGAUGGCUUUGCAUCAAUCAAACGUAUACAAGAAUUCUUGCUGGCCGAAGAAGCAUCAGAAGACGCAGACCAAGACCCGGGCAACGAAAAUGCCGUUGUCGUCGAAGACGCCACAUUCACUUGGGAGAAGACACAAACCCAAGGAACAGACGAAGGGGCCCGAACUCCGGACUCCAUCACACUCUCUGAGCCGUUCAAUCUGCCCAGUCUCACACUCACAGCUGGCCGCUCCGAGUUGAUCGGAGUCAUAGGCAGUGUUGGUUCCGGGAAGACCUCACUCCUGGCUGCCCUCGCCGGUGACAUGCGGAAGAUCUCUGGCUCUGUUACCUUCGGGGCGUCAAGAGCCUUCUGCCCGCAAUACGCCUGGAUCCAAAAUGCAACAGUGAGGGAUAACAUCACAUUCGGCAAAGAAUUCGACCGCGAAUGGUACGAUGCAGUCACCGAGGCGUGCGCCCUCCGCACCGACUUUGCCAUGCUCCCCAACGGAGACAAAACUGAGAUUGGCGAGCGUGGCAUCACGGUAUCAGGCGGUCAGAAACAACGCAUUAACAUCGCCCGCGCCAUAUAUUUCAAUGCCGAUAUCGUUCUAAUGGAUGAUCCGUUAUCUGCGGUUGAUGCACAUGUUGGUCGGCAUAUCAUGGACUCGGCCAUUUGCGGGCUGCUCGCAAAUAAAUGCCGGAUACUAGCCACUCACCAGCUACAUGUCUUGCACCGGUGUGAUAGGAUCAUCUGGCUGGACGGCGGUGCCAUCAAGGCGCAAGGAAGCUACCAAGACCUGGUCUCGCAGAACAUGGAGUUUAUCGAGCUGAUGACUCUCACGUCCUCGAACGAGGAGACUGCGAAGAACGACGACUCCGACGAGGAAAGCCUCCAUGUUCCAGACGAGAACGAGAAGCUCGUCAAAGUCGAGACUGCGAAGUCCAACAUCGCGCUUAUGCAGGCCGAGGAACGCGCUGUCAAGGCUGUGUCCUGGAGUGUCUACGGUGCUUGGCUGAGAGCAGGCGGCUCCAUCCUGAUUGCCCCGCUCGUCAUAGUCCUUCUGAUCCUGUCUCAAGGCAGCAACAUCGCCACAAGCCUGUGGCUUUCCUGGUGGACGGCAGACCAGUUCCCGCUGACGACGGGUGAAUGGAUUGGUAUUUACGCGGGUCUGGGUGCUGGCCAAGCCAUGUUCAUGUUCCUGUUUGCUGUCUCCAUCUCGAUCUUUGGAACACGGGCAAGUAAGGUGAUGUUGAAGCGUGCCAUGUUCCGGGUCCUCCGCGCACCAAUGUCCUUCUUCGACACAACACCCCUUGGCCGAAUCACCAACCGAUUUUCCAAAGACAUCGACGUGAUGGACAACAACCUCAAUGAAUCCAUGAGGAUGUAUCUGCUCAUGCUCGGCCAGAUCAUAGCCACCAUAGGCUUGAUCCUCGCAUACUACUAUUACUUCGUGGCGGCCAUGGUGCCCCUGAUGGUUGCAUUUGUAUUUGCGGCAUACUACUAUCGGGCAUCUGCCAGGGAGAUCAAACGACACGAGGCUAUACUGAGAUCACACGUCUUCGCAAAGUUCAGCGAGGCUGUCUACGGAACCUCCACGAUUCGAGCGUACGGCGUCCAGGACCACUUCUUGAAAACAAUACGGCAAACCAUUGACGAGUUCGAUGGCGCAUACUUCCUCACCUUCUCCAACCAGCGGUGGCUAAGUCUCAGACUCGAUGCAAUCGGCCUUAUUAUGAUCUUUGUCCUUGGCAUGCUCGUGGUCACAUCCCGGUUCACGGUGAACCCUAGCACUGGAGGGCUCGUCUUAUCAUAUAUGAUCAGCAUCAUGGGCAUGUUCCAAUUUGCUGUCAGGCAGAUGGCAGAGGUCGAAAACGACAUGAACAAUACGGAGCGAAUCCACCACUACGGAACAGGGCUUGAAGAGGAGGCCCCUCUCCAUGUUGGCCAGGUACCAGCAGAGUGGCCCCAGCGUGGCAAUAUCGUCCUCGACCACGUCCAGCUGCGCUACCGGGCCGGACUGCCCCUGGUACUCAAAGACAUUUCGAUUGAUGUCAAAGGUGGUGAGAGGCUGGGCGUUGUUGGCCGGACAGGAGCCGGGAAGUCGAGCAUCAUGCAGGCGCUAUUCCGCCUGGUUGAGCUCUCAGGCGGUUCCAUCACUAUCGAUGGCCUGAACAUCAGCAAGCUUGGCCUGCAUGAUCUUCGCUCCCGUCUAGCAAUCAUUCCCCAAGACCCCACACUCUUCAAAGGUACUAUCAGGUCCAACCUCGACCCCUUCAACGAACACACAGAUGCGGAGCUUUGGUCGGCGCUCCGGAAGGCAGAUCUUGCCAGCGAGAGUGGCGAGGGCGGAAUCGAUCUCGAUACAGCUGUGGAGGAAGAAGGGCUGAACUUCUCCCUCGGACAGCGUCAGCUGAUGGCUCUUGCCCGGGCGUUGGUGAGGGACGCUAAGAUCAUAAUCUGCGACGAAGCCACGAGUUCGGUCGACUUCGCCACCGACCAGAAGGUUCAGCGGACCAUGGAGGCUUUCAGAGGCAAGACGUUGCUAUGUAUUGCCCACCGUCUCAAGACCAUUAUUGGCUAUGACCGUAUAUGUGUUAUGGAUCAAGGGUAUGUGGCAGAGCUGGGGACACCGGUGGAAUUGUUUGAUCAAGGUGGCAUUUUUACGGGCAUGUGUGAAAAGAGUGGGAUUAGGAGGGAGGAUAUACUGGAGAAGGCGGCUAACGUCGAUAAAAGCUGA